AUGGGUCUCAAACGGCAUGCGUACGAGACGCAAACCAACUUCCUACCAGCAUGUCUCCUCGUCGCCUUUUGCCUCUUCGGCGUCUGGCUGUUCGCCAAGUCAGGGCAUCCGCCACCAACGGCCACUGAAGUGAUUAUUGAAACCUCUCGCGUGGGAACCGACGGGCAGGUUGUCGUGGUGGAGGACAGCGUCGACAUCACCGAGACACCCGACUCCGAUGUUGGGGAACCUAAAGCCGUCUUCUUGCAGCCGGAUUCGUCCGCUGGGGAUGUAGAGAGCUUUCAGUCUGCGGAAUCCGCAUCGAUAGGUGGCCUAUCCAAGUCGCCUAAGGACUCUGAAUCCACGGAAGAGCAGGAGCCGGAAUUGGCGUUUGAGUACUCGCUGUGCGCCGACAAGGGCGUCGACUUCAUUCCGUGCCUCGACAACGAGAAGGCCAUCGCGGCGCUCAAGUCGCGGUCGCACUACGAGCACCGCGAGCGCCACUGCCCCACAGGCGACGACACCUUGCAGUGCCUGCUGCCUCUGCCCAGCGGCUACAAGCCCCACAUCAACUGGCCCGAGUCCCGUGAUCAGAUCUGGUACGACAACGUGCCGCACCCGAAGCUGGCGUCGUACAAGGCGGACCAGAACUGGGUGAAGCCCGAGGGCGACAAGAGGCCGUGCCCUUCCUCAGCUGGGAAGCGCAAGCACAUCCGCACGGCGCUCGACAUGGGGUGCGGCGUCGCCAGCUUCGCGGCGUACCUGGAGCCGUUCAGCACGCGCGUGAUGUCCGUGGCGCCCAAGGACGAGCACGACGCGCAGAUCCAGUUCGCGCUCGAGCGCGGCGUGUCGGCCAUGAUCGGCGUGAUGGGCACGCAGCGCCAGCCGUACCCGUCGAACGUUUUCGACAUCGUGCACUGCGCGCGCUGCCGCGUGCCGUGGCACCGCGAGGGCGGCAAGCUGCUGCUGGAGCUCAACCGCCUCAUCCGCCCCGGCGGCUACUUCGUGUGGUCCGCCACGCCCGUGUGCCCCAAGUGCAAGGCCAAGGAGCCCGACGACAAGGAGAUCUGGGAGGCGAUGUCGGAGCUGACGGCGAACAUGUGCUGGCGCAAGGCGGCGAAGGAGAUCAACAUGGCGUUCGGCGUGGGCGUGAUGGUGUGGCAGAAGCCCACCGACAACGACUGCUACGACAGCCGCGCAGAGGGCACCCAGCCGCCCAUGUGCCCCGAGGAGGACAACGCCGACGCCGCGUGGUAUGUGCCAAUCCAAGCGUGCAUGCACCGCGUGCCCACUAAGGAGAAGACACGUGGCGUUGGGUGGCCGGUGGAGGGCAAGGACCGUUUGAGCGUGGUGCCGGCGUGGCUGGCGGGCGUGCAGAAGGGCAUCUACGGGCGGCGCGCGGCGGUGGAGUUCGAGGCGGACAAGGCGCACUGGCUGCGCGCGUACCGCACGUACCUCACGGAGAUGGAGAUCGAGUGGGCGUCCGUGCGCAACGUGAUGGACAUGGACGCGCACUACGGCGGGUUUGGCGCGGCGCUGGAGGCGUCGGCGAAGCCGGUGUGGACGAUGAACGUGGUGCCGGUGACGAGCCCCGACACGCUGCCCAUCAUCUUCGACCGCGGGCUGCUGGGCGUGUACCACGACUGGUGCGAGUCGUUCAACACCUACCCGCGCACCUACGACAUGCUGCACGCCGACCGCCUCCUCGGCGCCUUCGCCACCAGCUCCAAGUGCGGAGUGGCGGACGUGAUGCUGGAGAUGGACCGCAUCCUGCGCCCGCUGGGCUACGUCAUCGUGCGCGAGGUGGACGCCUCGCAUGUGCGCCUCAUCCAGGCCGUGGCGCGCGGCAUGCACUGGGACGCCGUCUCCAGCAUUCAGAAGCACAACGAGACGCUCCUCACCUUCCGCAAAACCAUGUGGCGGCCGGAUCCCGUCGCUGACGCGACAAAGAAUGAGGAGUGA